UAGUUCCUUCGCUUUGAAAGUGGGACGACUUUUCCAGGCUGGACGCAGACAUGCGCUGGAAAAGUGAGGUAAAAGUAGAGUGUCGCGUCGGUAAGGAGAAGGAAAACGGAUCUUUGGUGUCCAACGACGAGCUUCUCGUCAUGUGUGAAGAUUGCAAAGGAGACGAAGAGCUGCUGGGCAAAUGCACUGAAGACAGGAGAGACAUAAUGGGCGCACCGGUGGAAGUUUUGGAUGAAGAAGCGUCGUCCCUGCAGGCGAUGUCCUCUGCGCCUCUGUUGGGCAGAACUGUGUGUGCGAGCUGCAACGAGGAAAUAGUUGAUAAAUAUCUAUUAAAGGUUAACGACUUGUGCUGGCAUGUGCGCUGUCUCUCCUGCAGCGUGUGCCAGACUUCACUUGGCAGCCACACAAGUUGCUACAUCAAAGAAAAAGAGGUUUUCUGCAAACUGGAUUACUUUCGGAGAUACGGCACUUGGUGCGCGUGCUGCGGGCGGAACAUCCACUCCACGGACUGGGUCCGUCGGGCGAAGGGCAACGUCUAUCAUCUGGCCUGCUUCGCCUGUUUCUCCUGCAAGAGGCAGCUGUCCACCGGGGAGGAGUUCGCCCUGGUGGAGGGAAAAGUGCUUUGCAGGGUUCACUACGACUGCAUGUUGGACAACCUCAAGCGGGCGGUGGAAAAAGGAAACAGCGUCAACAUGGAAGGAGCUGUGCCCACCGAACAGGAGAUCAACCAGCCCAAACCCUCCAAGAGAGCUCGGACCAGCUUCACUGCUGACCAGCUGCAGGUGAUGCAGGCUCAGUUUGCUCAGGACAACAACCCAGACGCCCAAACACUGCAGAAACUAGCAGAGCAGACAGGCCUCAGUCGAAGAGUCAUCCAGGUCUGGUUCCAGAACUGUCGAGCACGCCACAAGAAGCACGUGAGCCCCAACCACACCUCCAGCACCCCCAUGACCUCACUGCAGCCCAGCCACCUGUCCCAGCCCACCCCGACCCCCGAGGAGCUGCAAUACACCGCCUACGGAGGUCCAGAGGGGUCGAUGCUCUCAGCGCUCCACUCCUUCAUAGACAGUGAGCAAGACUUUUUAUACAUUACCAUGACUGUAAGACAUUUUAACCACGUGCUACUAGGCCCACACUGCAGAGAUUAUCCCUCUCAGCUGACCUUGGAAAGCCUCGAUGAGCCAGAGGAGGUGGCCCAGGAUAGGGAGGUCUGA